UAACCCCUUCCCCAUCCCAAAGCUUUAUAAAAAGAGCUUAACAAAAUCAACCCUAAAUCAACAAAAUUCUCCUCAGAUUAGAGAAACCUGCGAAAAUCCAAUCGAUCGAACGAUCUUUUUCGCUAUUAAAAAAUUUCUUUAAAAUAGCCAAACGUACGACGUUGCUCUAUAACAUACAUAAUCUUGAUUGAUCUCCAUGGCGACCGGAAAAAGCUGUUACGGCCGCUCCAACUAUCGGUUCCUCCCCGGCGGCCACCUCCACCACUCGUUCGCUUCCGACUCGUCGUUUGAACUCAGCGAAUCUGACAUCUACAACUCGGCGAGUUCGAAAUCGCCGGAGAUGCGGAGAUCCGUGGCUCCGGGAGCGCGAAUCUCGAAGAAACCGUCGCCGAAACGAUCGGUGGAGUCGGGGGAUUGGGGAGGCGCGCGCGGUGGUGGUGCUUCGUCGUUGCCGGUGAAUAUUCCGGAUUGGUCGAAGAUUCUGAAGGAGGAGUACAGAGAGAAAAGUAGGUGGGAAUACGAUGAGGAUUCGGAGGGAGAUGGGGAUAGUGAGGAUGGAAUGAGAGUGCCGCCGCACGAGUUUUUGGCGAGGACGAGGAUGGCAUCUUUUUCGGUGCACGAAGGAAUCGGGAGGACGUUGAAAGGGAGAGAUCUGAGUAGGGUGAGAAAUGCAAUAUGGGAAAAAACUGGGUUCCAGGACUGAGAACAAAUUUUAUUUUUAAAAAAGAAAACGACGACACGCGCAUCAGAACUGACGACAUGUAGUCUUAGGACGUAAAUAUUCUUCUGUACUGGGAACUGGGAAGGGUUCCGCUUCCGCCUCCGGAUCGUCUUCUAAUUCAUGUUUUUUUUUUUUUUCGGAUUUUUGGGGUUUUUGAUUUAAUUUUUCACGGUGGCCAUAUUGACGUUACUGGUGAGUAGCCCUCUGCGAACUUAUGUUCCAUUUUUAUGGUUGUAGCAUAUAAAUUAUGUUAUUAUAUGCAAAUAAAUAUUUAUCUUUUUCUUUA